GUUUGAAUAUACCAGAAUGGUGACAUGGUGGGAGGCCAAUAUUGCCUGUGUUAACCUAAAUGCCCAUUUGGCAGCGAUAGAAUCUGAAGCUGAGCAGAACUAUUUAAAUCUCAGGAUCAACUCAUUUGGCUACAAAAAAAGGGGAGGAAUGACCCGUCACCUUUGGAUUGGAGGAAAUAACCUAGCAGGAGGAGGAUGGAAAUGGGCAGCUGCUGGAUUAGGAUUUACCUCUAAACCGAUGGAAUAUACAUACUGGAGAAGUGGUCAACCUGAUUACUCUGACAACACUAAAAAUUGUGUGUAUAUUGAUGGCAGACCAGACACUUAUACAAAUACAUGGAAUAACAUUAACUGUGCAUGUGACCUA